AGAGAAGAAGGCUGCCAAGCUGUCUGGGUGUGAGUGAACACCCCCUCUCGAGCUGUUGACAAGCUGUCCUGCAGAGAUUCUGUUUGUUUCUAGCCAUCAGCAUUUCAAGAGGUCUAUGGUUCAGCGCUGAGCAGGGACCAUGUGGUGUUUGGAGCUGCUCUUACCUCUGCUGUUGAUCAUCCAUGAUGCCAGCUGCCAGUGGAACGUUUGGGUACCUCGGGACAUCUCAGCCAUGACCAACUCCUGCGUGGUCAUCCCGUGCACCUUCAUGUAUCCGUCUGGCAUAAGGCCAUACCGUGGCAUUCAUGGUAUCUGGUACUUUGGCCAGCCCUACCCUCAACUCUUCCCUCCCGUAGUCUUCAAAUCCCGCACAGAUGUGGUGCACGAGAGCUACAAAGGUCGCACCAAGCUCCUGGGUGACCUGACCCAGAGGAACUGCACUCUGCUCAUCGGCAACAUUGGUGCAGAGCACUCGGGGAGAUACUACUUCCGAGCGGACCUCGGUGGAGCCAACAUAUACACUUACCCAGACUUCUCUGAGCUCAAAGUGUUGGAUCAGCCCAACAUUGACAUCCCAGAGGAAAUCGUCAGUGAUGAGAGCCUGGAGUUGACAUGCUACGCCCCUGACAACUGCCCCGAAAUGACGCCCGAGAUCCAGUGGAUGUACACCGACUACUUGCCCGAUCCAGAGUUCAGCUCUGACUACCUGGAGGACAGCAACACCGCAGUGAUCUCCAGCACGCUCACUUUCACUCCCAGACCCAUGCACAACGGGCAGCUCCUGGGCUGCAGGAUCUACUAUCCCAACACCACACUGGUCUACGAGAGGCUCAUCUCACUGGACAUCAAGUACCCUCCUCGCUCGGUGUGGGUGAACGUGUCUUCGGAGGUGAUGGAGGGCAGCUCUGUGACGCUGCACUGCGAGGUGGACAGUAACCCUCCUCCUCGGAUCUCCUGGAUGCUCGGAGACCAGGAGCUGCUGUGGGACACGGGCUCCAACAUUUCCCUCUCCCUGGACGAUAUCACACCCGCCAAUGAGGGAAUUUACACGUGCAUUGGAGACAACGGUUACGGCGUCAUGAACACGUCGCUGUACCUGUCCGUCAAGUACCCUCCCCGAGAGCCCGUGGUCAACGACUCUAUGACGGUGCUGGAAGGCACGUCGCUGGCCCUGCACUGCAACACCCAGGGCAGCCCGGCCCCGACCCUCACCUGGCUGAAGGACGGGGAGCUGGUGGGCACCAUCACGGCCGAUGAGUUGUCCGUGCUCGACAUCAUGGAGAUCACGCCGCAGGGGGACGGACAGUACCGCUGCCUGGCAGAGAAUGAGCACGGACGAGCCAGCAGCUCCCUGAACAUCACCGUCGAGUAUGCCCCGGUCCUCCUGGAGGAGUCAAAGUGCACAGUGGUGAGAGAGGGGGUCCAGUGCGUCUGCAUGGCCACAGGAAACCCCGAACCCACCAUCGAGUUCUACCUGCCCGACCUGAACAUCACCAUCAACGAAACGGACGGCCGCUACAGCUUCUACAUGCACACCGACGGCCACAUGUCAACAGGCAUGAUCAAGCUGCGGGAGAAAGGCGAGCGGAACGACAACGGCGGCCCGGCCGUGAACGUCCACUGCAGCAUCUCCAACGUGUACGGAAGAGAGAGCAUACUGCUGGAGCUGCAGCAGGAGAAGAAGUACAUGAUGGCAGUAAUAGUUGGCACCAUUGGAGGAGUGGCGGUCAUAGCGUUCAUCAUAGCAGCGGUGCGAUAUGUUGGACAUAACAACAAGAAAGAGAAUGGCAACCCUAGGCAGGACGUGGUCCUGGAGAACCCAGCUUUGUACUACAGCGCAGUCAAGAAGGACAAACAAAAUCUGAGGAAGAAAGUGCUUAAGACAGAGCUGUUGGGCUCAAAGUUUAACUCCAUUCUAGAGGAGACUACGGGAGAAGACGGGGAUUACCAAUCUGUGGGCUCUAUGGCGGGACUGGAGAGGCAAGAGCUGAAUUACGCUGCUCUGGAGUUUAUCGGGGCCAGGCCCAGGGAAGGGGCCACAGGGAGGGGGGAUGACGGCAGCAACUACACGGAAAUCAAAGCCAAAUGAAUCGCGAUCCUUCCCUGAUCCCUCGGCUAUGCAAGAUGCAGUGGCAGCCCCCGAAUUACAAACAUCUUCUGCACCAUAAACUGUGUAUUAACCUAUAUCUCUCUACUGGAAACCAACCUUAAGACUCCUCGUCCCUCAGUUUAUUUUCAGAUUUGUCAUAAAUAAAGUACGUCUUUGUACUCCCCGUUUGCGCCAACCCCUCCUCCGUGAGAUGCCCCGUCUUUGCCAUCACUUGGGAAAAACUUGGACCAACACCCAACGGACAAUAUAAAACCAAUGAUAUUAAUGUCAAACGUUGGUUGUUUUACAUUAUCUCUCCAUCAUACGGUCUUCAGCAGCAGCCGUGUUCUUAUUGCUUUGUCCAUGUGAUUGUCAGUGUCUCAUCCGUCUCACCAUUUCCUCUGCAUUUGUCUCGUAACUGUCACUGCGUCUGCUGCCGGUCGAAGCAUCAGGGCAGGGAGUAACCGUGCUUUUUGUUCUCUUAUAUUUAUGUGUGUUUAUCCACGGAGAGCAAACGCUCUCCUUCCUUUUGUUUCGGUUAAUUAUGCCCUAAGAAGAUAACUGACUGAGGCAAGAGAUGGAAACACAUCUCAGCGUUUUGUUUCCACGUAAUUGUAUUUAAUAUGUGCUGUGACUCAGUCGCCUCUCAUAAUAAAUCCAAAAACAAAACAAAGAAAACCUCCCUUUUGGUAGUUAUUAAGAAGCUGCGUGAUGUGCAGUUCUGGGAAGUGCCGCGUGAUCUUUCUAGCAUUAAAGGGUAGAAUGUGUUGAGAUUUCGAGGGACUUUUCUGCGCAGAAUGUUAUCGUUCACUUCUUCUCCCUGAGCAUGUGUUUCCUCACACACUGGUAUGCUCCGUCUGUCUGAUUUAAUCCACAAAACACAGACCUAAAGCACAACAUAUACGCGUAUGCGCGUGAUGGGGCAAAAGGGUUAUCUGAUUUAGACAAUGUUUGUGUGUGCGUGUGUGUAUGCGUGUGUGUAUUCAAAUUGUGCUGAAAGAUCAGCGGACGCUGAUCUCCGGGGGGACUUUGGGAAGUUCGAGCAUCGCCUCGCCCGAGAGACGGGUGCUUUGGUUCUCGCAGGAUCGCAUCAGAUGUCUGAAUGACAAAAAGUUGUGCCGCCUCGCCAGCUGCUUUUGCUAUUCAAAGACAUUUGAUAAAAUGUUAUAUUAAAGCACACUAAUCGUCUAACUUGACAGUGACAGUGUCAUGUUAUAAUACGUUAAUUCGAUGUAUAUUGAUGAGAAAAGGGAAGCCAGAGUGUACAGAAAAAUAUUCCGCAUGAGUGUUUUGACAGAUGGCGUUUAUUUCAUUGUUGAAACAUGGUUAAAGUGUGGCAGCAUUAUCGCCGACCACCAAGUGUGAACACUGUCUUAAUAUAAAAAAGCAUCCAACCUCUUAGUAGUCAAAUCUGUCAUAAAAUCUGAGGCAGUACAAUGAGGUUGAUUGAAAGUGUAAUAGUUAAUACAUAACUAACCACUGAAGGGUACCCAACUAUUUAUUAUAUCCUACCAUAGAACUGGUUGACAUAUUCCCCAUCAGUCAGGUCAUAAAAACCCUGGAUAGAAGUCAACUGGACUUCUUUUCUUUUUGAAGAUGUUCAUAUGUUUUCUUCAGCAUACAGCCUCACAUGGUGGGAAGACCACUCUUGUAAUAAUUACGUUGUAUGACAGGAAGUCGUGGAAGAUGGUUGACACCAAAUAAUGACUUUAAGACCCUAGCAUUGGUUAUUAACACUAAAUCCUACACUUCCCACAAUGCAACCAAUAGCUUCAUUUUUUGUCGUCCUGGCACACAAUUAUGUUUCACUCACAUUUCUCCGUUUGCAGUUCUCAAAUGCCAUUUUCUCAGAUGUGCUAAAGCGAAUCCAGAAGUGCGAAGGAUAUUAUAAAAGUGUUGGAAUGACUCAUGCCUGAUCUAAACCCACCAGUGAAGCUGUUGCUUCAUUUCCUCUUUCAUUAGCACCUCAAAAUAACCAGUUAAGACCCCGUAGCCGUUCAUAUCCACCCACUUAAAAGAGAGGCUUUCGUUUGCAGUCAUAUUUAUUUUACUUUUUGUUGCUGUUGAUGCAUCACUUAUAAGGAUACUUUCCAACACCGUGAACUACUCUGUCUUGAAAACCAACAAUGCUUAAAUCUCACCCCUUAGUUUCUUCUUAAAGUGGUUAGAAACCAUGUGUGAGACUAGUAUUGUUAGAGGCUUAACAAGGCUUAAGCUAGAGACUUGAUCUCUUCCCAGAGACUGAAAUUGCUUUUAAUGAAUAAAGCUUCAUGAAUUCACAUCGUUAAAGUAAGCAGUUAGCCUUCCCCAUUGAAAUUACAGAUGAAAACCCUUGCGUGGUUCUUCUUGAGGUUAUAUAUAUAUAUAUAUAUAUAUAUAUAUAUAUAUAUAUAUAUAUAUAUAUAUAUACAUAUAUAUAUAUAUAUAUAUAUAUAUACACACACAUACAUACACUGUGUGUGUGUAAGCUUUUUAUUAAGACAGUGUUCUGUGGCUUAAUAAUGGAGGGUUCCAGAUAUCCUGGCUUGCAUUCUCACACCUCAUGUUUUUGUAUUAUUAUUAUUUUGUAUUAUUAUUAUUAUUCAUACGCCAUAAGUAUCAGAUCUAAUCUUUGUCACAGUGUGUUGUUAAGCAAAUUUGUUUGUCCAAUACUUUGUGUAAUUGAUAAUUAUCAUGACAAAGUCCAUUUCUUGUUAUAAUUGACUAAAUAAUUCAGAUCAGGGUUUUGCAAUCUCUGCAAAUUACAACUGUUAUUUUAUGACAGUUCUGCAAUUAUGUAGUAUGCUUGCUGUUUUAUUUUGAACAAGUCCAAAUUCAUCUGUCUUUGGUUCCAUGCAAAUAUAAAUAAAAGAAGAAAAACCCAUAAAACAUAAAA